CUGUUACAUAGUACUAUCUAACUCGGCGUUUUUCCCUAGUGGAAAGCACUAUCUAUUUAGACAGUUUCAGACUUUCACUUACAUUUAUUCACAUCGUAAUUUUUCGAGCUGAAAAGAAACUUCACAAUGUCUCUUCCCGUUUCAAAAUCCAGGACACGAAUUGUGUUACAGUAGUCGGGGCUGGGAAAAAGAAGACUGUUAGCAACAAAAUACAAUUCACCAUAACGUUCAGUCUUCCAAAAGUGUUCAUUUGAAACAAACACACAGAGCACAGCGAUCGCGCAACUCAAAAUUUGUCUUCAGUUUUAUUCAUUUUAAAAAUUUAGUAUUUUAGUUUCCCGUGUUAUGGCUUCCUCACCAACCCAAACACAAGAUCGCACGUUAAACGAAAACAUUGAAUUUUCGACUCAAGAAAAGUGCCAGAUUGAUUCGGUGCCUUCCAAAAUAAUUCACGAAGAUGUCGUGAUUUCACUACAACGCGGAGCUUGGUUCUUGAACGCCCGCCCAACAGAGGGUCGACAAUUGCUGUACGUUUCAUUGGAUCAAGAUGUGGUCAAAUUCCAAUGCGGACCCGCAAAGGCCAUCUAUCUAACCGACAUCACAGACGUGCGAUACGGAUGGAAAACGGACACGUUUGGCGAAACGACCCGGAAGAAGAACGACCUGCGAUGCGGUUUUCGAUUGAAAGAAGAUUGCUGUUUCUCCAUCGUUUACGGGUCUCAAAGACACACCCUAGAUUUGCAAGCCAAGGACGCGACGACUGCUCAAACGUGGGCCAACAAUGCUUCGGGUUUAAUCGAGGCAAUUCGAGCGCGGUCAUCAUCGCGCUCGGAUAAAAGUGAGUGGCUGAAACGAGCGUUCAAAGAAGCCGACACGGAUCGUUCGGGCUUCCUGAGCUUCGAUGAAUGCUGUCGCCUCUUGAGCAACCUCAACGUGAAUCUGGAGACGCCAAAAGUCGGCAAGUUGUUUCAAUUGUCAAAUACGAACCGUCAUCGAGAGAGAGGCGAGAGCGUCCUUGAUGAACAAGAAUUUCUGCACUUUUACAACCUGGUGAGCGAACGCAAAGAACUGACGACAAUAUUCCAAAACUGCGCUCAAGGUGAUGCCAAUCUUUCAGGCAACAACCUGGCGAAAUUUCUCAGCAUAGAACAGGAAAUGAAACAUGCUGAUCUGGCCUACGCCCAGAGGCUGAUCGAACGACACAAAUUACAGAACGCCAUUCAAGAAAUGACUUUGUCUGAAUUUCAAUCGAUGAUGAAUUCUCCGCUUUUCGAUAUUUUGAAAGAAGAACAUCACCAGGUGAAUCAAGACAUGGAUCAACCGAUUAGCAAUUAUUACAUUUCCUCGUCUCACAACACUUAUUUAAUUGGCGAUCAGCUGAUGGGCGGUAGUAGCAUCGAAGGUUAUGUUUCUGCUUUGGAGCGUGGCUGCCGGUGCCUUGAACUGGACUUGUGGGAUGGGCCAAACAACCAGCCGAUAAUCUAUCAUGGUCAUACGAAAACUACCAAGUUGUUAGCCCGGGAGGUGUUGGCUAAAGGAAUCAAACCUUUUGCGUUCAAAUUCUCUCCUUUCCCGCUCAUUUUGUCCGUCGAAAAUCACUUAUCAUUCUCGCAACAAACCAUAUUUGCAGAAGACUUGCGUCAAAUAUUUGAAUCUGCUCUUUUGAGUGGCCCUGAGGAAGUUGGCGGAAUGAAAUCGUCUCUUCUUACGCCCAAUCAACUUCGUGGAAAAAUCAUUAUCAAGGCCACUGGAGCCAAAGUGUGUUCUCCCGCCUUGUUAAGUCUGCUUAACAUAUGUCGCUCUUAUACAAACUUUGAAAAAUACGAAUACCACAACACGAGGCAUAAGAGUGCGUGUUACUGCGUCAUCUCAAUGUCCGAACUGGAAGCCUCAACCUACCUGAAAAAGUUGACGGCAGACGUCACGCAACAUUUCACGUGCAGAACCAUGAUGCGAGUUUACCCUACCGCUACACGAAUGGCGUCCAGCAAUUUCAACCCGGUUCAUUACUGGAAUUUUGGAGUUCAAAUGGUGGCUUUGAAUUUUCAGACACUCGGGAAAAAUCUUGAAAUUAAUAUCGGCCGCUUCCGCCGGAAUGGCAGUUGCGGUUAUGUCCUCAAACCGGACUGGCUACUCGGCAAAAUUGAAAGGAUACCAGCACUUUCGGGCAAACCACGUAAAAUAUUGUUGAUGCGGAUCAUCAGCGGUCAAAAUCUUCCUAAACGUCCUGGUCAGACUAAGAAAGGACAAUUUUACGUUUCUGUGAGAAUUGAAGGACAUCCACUGGAUUUCUACAAAUUCCGGACGAAUUAUUUAAUGAAUGGCAAUGGUCUCAACCCGUUUUGGAACGAGAAAACUGAAACAAAAAUCUGCUUUCCUGAAUUGGCAGUCAUAUGUUUCAGUGUUAAAUAUGUCGACGCAUACAAAAUUAAGCAAACUGUUGGUUCGUAUUGUUUGCCGGUGGAAAGCUUGGCUUCAGGUUACCGACACGCGCCACUGUCCUCUGCUGACCUAGUCUCGUCCAUUUUCCUUUACGUCAAAAUGAUUGAUUUAUAAUCUGAGUUUCGAUUCCAAGAAAUACAACUCAUUUAAAAUUAAUAGUUAAAGUCAUUCUACCGAAAUCUGUACGGCCUAAAUCAAAUAGAAUUACAAUAAUUUAUACAAUACAUUUCUCAAAUUGGAAAGUAUGUUU